GCCGCCGCCGCCGCCGGCUUCCUCCGCGAAGGCGAUCGCGAUCGCGAUGGACGAGGAGGAGGAGAUCUUGAAGGCGCUGGAACAGGAUAACAAGGAGAGCAAGAAGUUUGUUGACGGAUGGGAUGAGAGGAUGAUGGAGACUUAUAAGUUGAUGAAGCAGGUUAGGGAGCCGGGGGCGAGAGGAGAGUACUUGAAGGAUUCGGAGAAGGCGGAGAUGUAUAGGUUGUAUAAGGAGAAUCCGGAGGUGAACACCGUGGAGAAGCUGGCGAAGGAUUAUAGGGUCAUGAGGCAGAGGGUUCAUGCCAUUCUGUGGUUGAAGGAGAUGGAGGAGGAGGAGGAGAAGAGGAUCGGGAAGCCGCUGGAUGAUUCCGUUGAGAUCUUGCUCGAUAAUUUUCCGGAAUUCUUCAAUUCCCAUGACAGGGAAUUCCAUGUUGCAUCUCUCCCAUAUAAGCCUGACUUCAAAGUCAUGCCUGAGGGCUGGGAUGGCACCACAAGGGACCCUGAUGAGGUUCUCUAUGAGAUCUCAAUGAAGGAAGAUCAGAGAUUGUAUGAAGAGUUUGUUCAGCGCUUGAACUUCAACAAAAAGAAAGUAGCAGGGGAGGUAAAAUGCCACAAAUAUAGCCGGCGGCGGCCAAAGGAAGGAUGGAACUUCACAGUCGAGAAGCUGGGGCCCCGUGACAAACGUGGUGGCGGUGGUGGUGGUGGCUGGAAGUUUGUGAGCUUGCCUGAUGGAUCAAGCCGUUCGUUGAAUGAGAUGGAGAAGAUGUACGUUAAGAGGGAGACUCCCAAGCCCCGCAGAAGAAUCCUCCCUCCUUUCAAAUAAAACUCCGUAGUGGUCUUUCUUUCGAUAGAAAUCAAAGGUUCUGGUAAAAUUUUGCCUGGUGGUAGUUACUGCCUUCUCUAUAGAUCAUGGAAAUUUUUGGUUUGUAUCAGUUAUGCGAUGUUGUAUGGAGACGUUUGUUACCUUUUUGGUGCCACUUAGCUGUUGGAUAUGUGUGAAAACAGCAGCUGUUCAAUUAGUUUUGAUUGAUCAGGCAAUAAUUUCCAAAACGGCAUUUGUUCGUUUUUGGUUGAUAA